AAACCAAAAUAAUGUUCUGCGCACUCCCACCAGCUGUACCCUUUCGUGUUGCAAGCUGCUUCUACUUCGACGCACGUGAAGUUCAAAGUGCUCACAGCUCUUUCGUCGGCAAAUUCCACCCGAAUUUCGAAAAAAAUGUUGUCCGCGGUCCGUAUUUUCAGUCGUAAAGCCGUCGAGUGUUCCAAGUUGAGUUUCGACAUCACCGGCAAAAGGAAUUUCAGCCAUUUAACCAACAACACCUCUUCGUUUUCUCUACACCCCAAAUAUGACAUCCAAACCCGUUUCAAAUCCGAAGGCGUCAAGGGCAUCGACUUGGGCACCACAAACUCCUGCGUUGCUGUCAUGGAAGGCAAACAGGCGAAAGUAAUCGAAAAUUCUGAGGGUUCUCGAACGACUCCGUCGAUCGUCGCGUUUAGUAAAGACGGGGAGAGGUUGGUGGGCAUGCCAGCAAAAAGACAGGCCGUCACCAACUCAGCCAACACGUUUUAUGCCAUGAAGCGUCUGAUCGGGAGAAGAUUCGACGACAACGAAGUCAAGAAAGACACGAAUAAUGUGUCUUACAAAAUCGUGAAAGCGACAAAUGGGGACGCGUGGGUGCAAGGAAGCGACGGAAAAAUGUACUCGCCGAGUCAAAUCGGGGCUCUCGUACUGACGAAAAUGAAGGAGACAGCUGAAUCCUACUUGAACACGUUACAUUGUUACUCUUCUUUGGGGGACCAUCCGAUCAAGAGAAAAUGUACCCUUUCACCGGAUUUUGAAAAUGUUCUGAAUUCUGAUAACUUUGUUGAUAAAAGUGGGUUGAUUCUUGCAAUUCUUAAUUCGAACAUUCCUGUGAUACUUUGUACAGCACCGCGUCGGUUUGGAAAAUCUGUAAACUUAACUAUGCUUGAACGAUUCUUGGAACUGGAAGUAGAUGAAAAUGGAAUAGAGAAAACAACGGUUUUGGAAGAAAAGGUCAACUAUAAACUGUUCAAGUCAGCAAGGUUCAAGUUAAAAGUUAUGGACCCGCGGAAUAAGAACUUUGUAACAACUCAUUUCGGACAAUAUCCGAUUAUCACACUAAAUUUUCAAUGUUCUCGUCCCAUCAGAAAUCAAUCUGAUGCAGUGAAUGUGUGUAGACGAGCUAUACAUGAGGCUUUUCAGCGACACAGGUACCUUUACAAAUCCACAAUGUCACCGUUGGAAGAAGAUGAAAAAGAUGUUUGCAGACAAUGGUGUAACGAAUGUGCCUACGAUGGAAUUCCAGAAAUAAAAGUACAGGCGGGGUUGGCACACUUGGCAGUUUAUCUGAAUAAGUUUCAUAAAAAAAAAGUUUUCCUGCUUGUUGACGAGUAUGACUCGAUUGUUUCAAAUGCAUUGUACAAUCUGGUAGAUGCCAAGUUGAAAGUCCUAAGGGAAGUUGUUUCAUUCCCCAUUGGAGCUAUUGGAGAUGCUUUAAAACGAUUUUCUGAACUCUUUCAAGGAGUGUUUAUGACAGGAAUUUUAGAUAUUGCUGGUAUGACGAUUUCCAGCGUAUUGGGUAACGUGUUACGACGACAAUUCGGAACCCCCAAUCUGUGCCAGGAUUACUAUGGGUUUUCUGAAGAUGAAGUCGAUAUGCUAUUUGAUCGGUUUAAAGUAGAGGAGGGGUUGAGGACAAAAGCGAAAGCCAAAUAUAAUGGAUACUGGAAUGGGGACAAGCAACGACUAUAUAAUCCUCAAUCGGUUGUGCGUUUUCUGGAAAAUUUACAACUGGGAGAAGAUGCUUUGCAAAAUUAUUGGCAACAAUCUGGUUACAUCGAGAACAUGGAUAACCUAUUUCAAGAGGCUGUCGUGCGUGACUUGUUGACUACCCUACUACAAAGUGCGAUAGAUAUGCGAGAUUUGAAACUGAAACCGUUAGAAUUAAGUGAUCUGCAAUCGUUGCAUGGGAUAUUAGAUGAUGCGAAUUUGGGUUGUGACCAAGACAUUAUUGUUAGGUUUUUUAUAUCUCUUGGAUACUUAACAUAUGCUGAUUCAAAACUCAAAAUACCUAACGGCGAGUUAAUUGAGGAAUUUACAGAGAGGCUACGAAACUAUUUUUUUUUUAAAUAUGGUAUUAACAAAAAUUUGUCCAAGGAUUGUUCAAAAUCAUUUUCUAAACUUGUCAGUCUCAGUGAAAAAGAUGGCUCAUUAACAGAGUUCACUCAAGAAUUAGCAAAUUUUCAAAAUUCUGUAACCCGUCUACUUUAAGAGUCAAAAAUUAUCCAUCCACUAAAUGAGGCAACAUUACAGAGUAUAAUUACAUUGACAUGUACUCACGACGGAUUUCUCUUUGGAAAUGAAAUAAUCAUCCCAAAUUAUAGAACCAGAAUUGAUACAAUAAUGUAUAAUGAUAAAUCUGGGACUUUAACCGAAAUAAAAUAUGGUGAACGAGAUACUGCAAAAGAUGCAAUAAAGCAAGUUUUUGAAAAACGCUACUUCACUGUCUUCACAACGGCGAAAUAUUUUAAUGAUCGUCGUACACGUCCUUCUCUUUCUCUUAUUAUGGGAAUUCAUGUAGAUUCUGAAAAUAAAGCAUCUGUGAUGUGCCUCCGAAAGGAGGAUAUUAGGGCUGUUCUAGAUGAUCUCAACAUUGCGCCAGGGGAACCGCUAGAAAAUCGCAUUGCGAAAGCUGUUGAUACUAUGGGUGAAGAAAUCAUUAAUCUAUUUUGCGAAAGAGCAAUUCGUGUCUUGUAACAUAGCAGAGAAAAAAAUGUAAUUGCGGCUAAUUUUUAGUUUUAAUUCAGUAUAUUUUUAAGUUUAGUAAUACUUAAUUCAAAGUGUAUUUUUAAGGUUAGGGGCAAGUUGAUUUUAGUUUCGAUCACCUAAAUCUGUUUUAUUUCGGUUUUGGUUUUGUUUUGAAAAUAUAUUUUCUAUAGUUAUGGUUAUAAUAAAACAUGAAUUACAAAGUU